CGCUACUUCCUGUAUGUGUUUGCCAUGACUGAACUUCCACUGCUGUGUUUACAUGAGAAAGCAACGGGGAGAACAGCGUAAAAACACAACCGAAUGAGUUCGAGGUUGAUCGUUAUUCAUGUAUGUAAUCUCUGAUGAUGUUUUCGACCGAUACUGUGGACAGAGAUCAUCUAAAUCUUGCUGUUGUGAAUUCCGUGUAAAGAGGACAGAGACCAGGAAUGGCUGCUGAUGUGGAAGUAAAAAGUAACCUACUGGACAAUAAGCUUUAAGGCAGUCAGCUUAAUUUCUGGCUUCAUCGAAUUUGGAUAAAAAAAAACAGCACAACUCUCAAAAUACAUCCCACUAGCUAUGAUAUGGAGCUGGAGACCAGGAGAGACAUGGAUAACCAAAGUCACAAGGACGAGCAUGAUUCGUGGCACACUUCCACUAUGCCCCCUGGCUGGAUGAGAGAAGUGAGGCAGCGGAAAGCAGGCAAGACAGCAGGCAAGUUGGAUGUCUACAUCACAAGCCCCCAGGGACAGAGGUUCCGAUCAAGAGCAUCCCUGCACGCUUUCCUCCUAAAAAGUGGAAAUGGGAACUUAGACAUGAACGUCUUUGAUUUCACCACGUCCAAAGAUGAUGUCGCUGCUACUUUACAAAUACUCCCUUCCAGAGUAAAACAGAAGAGACGAAAGAAGAAACAUGCAGAUGGACACCAGGAGAAAACAGAAGAUGGAAAAGAAACUCUGGAUCCACCCCCAAAUAAGUCUAAAAAAGCCUCCUUCUCAGUCAUAAGUGAUCCUAAAGACAGGAAUGUAGAGAGUGCAGAAGAAACUGGCCUCGGUGGGACUGAUACUGUAUUAGAAGUUGGUGGAGACAAAACUGAUCAGACUGGCUGCUUACAAGCUGCACUUUCAGGAAAGCUGGAUGAUGCAAAGCUACAGAAGAGCCCUCAGAGAGUGGGCCUGCUGAGAGAGAAGCUGCUGAGACUCGCUCCUUCCAGCAAUCAACAAAGCAUCAUCGUUGUUCACAAGGAUGAACAGGCAGAAUCGCAGCCUUCAGUCCCGACUUUAAAAGUUGAUCCUGUCACUGAGAGCGAGAACGAAGGUGAGGAUGAGCCAGAUGCAGAUGAAACAUGGCUUCACAGCGAAGGUGACGAAAAGCCUAAUUCUGAACUGAAGGCUGAUGUUGACCGUCAUGUGGAAGAGGAGGUGUUGUUACCUGACAUCACAGAUGGGAGCUGUACACCAGCCAGAGAGUCCCAGAAUAAGUCCAAGAGUGUGGAAGACAAGCGGAUAACAAGCCCUUAUUUCAGCGGGAAACCACUCAGAGAUGGCCUUGGAGCACCCAGGAGGAAAGCCUUCAAGAAGUGGACGCCCCCUCGAUCACCCUUCAACCUCGUACAGGAAACCCUUUUCCAUGACCCCUGGAAGCUCCUGGUUGCUACUGUUUUUCUGAACAAGACAAGUGGUAAGAUGGCCAUUCCAAUAUUGUGGCAGUUUUUUGAGCGAUACCCAUCUGCAGAGGUCACCCGGGAGGCCGACUGGAAGCCAAUCUCUGAGCUAAUGAAGCCGCUCGGCCUGUAUGAGCUCAGAGCCAAAACACUCAUCCGCUUCUCAGAUGAAUAUCUGACCAAACAGUGGCGCUACCCCAUCGAACUGCAUGGCAUCGGGAAGUACGGCAACGACUCCUACAGGAUCUUCUGCGUGGGAGAGUGGAGACAGGUGACACCUGAAGAUCACAAGUUAAACAAAUACCAUGCUUGGCUGUGGGAGAACCAUGAAACUCUGGGAAUCUGAGGCAUCAUCAAGUAUGAGAAACAAGAACGCAAAGACGAUUUGCUGUGGCACAAACAAGAAAAUCAGUUAACACUGUAGUUCUUGAACUAUAUUAGCAUUAUGUUGAAUUUGCAAUUUUAAAGCUGCGUUGCUUAAAAAUUAUGCAUUAACAUUCCAAAGAUAAACUUUCUUUUAAAAAGUUUUACUCCAUGUUGAAUAAAGUGUUUUAAGUGGUUUAAAAGUUGGAA